CAGUGCUCGGAUUCCAGAAUUUUUUUUUUAUUAAAUGUUUCAUUCACAAAUUCAACUAUUCAUUCUACGUUCAUCCAGUUUAUUCAUUCAUUCAAUGAAAUAAAAAUGGUGGCUGAAAGUUUAUGUGAAAAUUGUAUGAAAUCGUUUUAAAAUUUAUUUAUCCCGAUGAUUAUUACUUAGUAUUAAAACAUGUCCACUCCCGUAUCCAACCGUAAAUAUGGAGCCCAAAAAAUACGUUUGACUAUUCUAUGUGCCAGGAAUUUGGUUCGGAGAGAUUUGUUUCGGCUACCAGAUCCAUUUGCAAAAAUCUCUGUGGAUGGCAGUGGACAGGUGUAUUCUACAAAUACAGUGAAAGCAACUCUUGACCCCAAGUGGAAUACUCAUUAUGAUCUGUAUCUAACGAAAGGGGAUGGAAUUACAAUCAGUGUAUGGAAUCAGCGCAAAGUUCACAAGCGACAAGGUUCUGGGUUCCUCGGCUGUGUUAGAAUUCAGCCGUCUACUGUACACAAAUUGAAGGACACGGGAUACCAAUGCCUGGAAUUGUGCGAAGAGGGUUCAGGAGAAACAUGCGGUGUUCGUGGCCAAGUUAUUGUGUCGUUAGUGUCUCGAGACGCGGCGCGGGGUGAGCCAGCGGCCGCGGCCGGUGAGGGCUCGCCCCUGGCUGUGGUGGGCCCUGCCGGUGAUGUCCGCACUCCACGAGACCCUCGUGACCCACCACCCGUGCAAAACGGAACGAGAAACCCACUGCCACAACAUUGGGAAGAACGCUUUACUUCUAGUGGCAGACCAUACUACGUAAACCAUGCGUCUCGACGCACUCAAUGGGAGCGGCCCACCAACGAGGGCGCAGCGCCCGUGUCUCCAGCAGCUUCGUCGCCGCCAUCAUCGCCAACGCCGGCAGCUACACCCUCCAGCCCGGUUUCUCCAGCGUCGCCAUCCUCACCCAUGUCACCAAUUUCAGACCCAGAUGUUAAUCAUGCUACUUCCAUAUCAUUAAGGCCUGAGCCACAGCCACAGACUGCAGUAAGGUCUCGUAUUCCUACGGCGACGUCUCCACCGGCCGGCUCAACUACCCAAUCAACCACACCAACAACUCCAAUUACGCCUAUAGCUGCUACUGAUCUACCUCCUGGUUAUGAGAUGCGCACAACAGCUCAGGGUCAGGUGUACUUCUACAACUCCAACACGGGAGCGUCGACGUGGCACGAUCCUCGUGUCCCUCAACACUUGCGGCAUUGCGCCGCGGCGGCCGGCCCGCUGCCCCCCGGCUGGGAGAUGCGACACGCACCUUCAGGCCGACCAUACUUCGUAGACCACAACAAUAGAACUACGCAGUUUACUGACCCACGACUAGCGCUGUCAGCUAGACUUCCACAAGCUGACCUUGCAACAGUAACACCCUCAACCCCUGCAGUAGCAGCCCCCACCCAGUCAGUAACAGAACCACUGGAUUCCGAUGCACUACCCAAAUACAAGCGCGACUUGGCUGCCAAGGCGAGGGUUUUGAGGGCUGAACUGCAGGCAUUGCAGCCUCAGACAGGACAUUGCAGGAUAGAGGUAUCACGAAACGAAAUAUUAGAGGAAUCGUACCGGCUCGUAAUGAAGUUACGAGGCAAGGAGCUGCGAAAACGUUUGUUGGUGAAAUUCCGCGGGGAGGAAGGAUUAGACUAUGGCGGCGUAGCCCGUGAGUGGCUCCACUUAUUGGGCAGGGAACUGUUCAACCCACAUUAUGGUCUCUUCCAAUAUGCGAACGCAGGCGAUGAUCGAUAUGCGCUUCAAAUAAAUGCGGAUUCUGGGGUGAACCCGGAACAUCUUUCAUAUUUCCACUUUGCUGGCCGUAUUCUUGGUGUGGCAUUGUUCCAUGGACAUCAGUUAGACGCGGCCUUCACUGCUCCCUUCUACAAACAGUUGCUCGGCAGGCCCAUAACCUUACGUGAUAUCCGCGACGUGGAUCCAGAACUUCAUCGGUCACUUUCUUGGAUGCUAGAAAACAGCAUUGCUGGAGUAAUAGACACAACUUUCUCUGUGGAGUGUUCGUCAUUCGGUGCUGUCCGCAGCGUGGAACUUCGACCCGGAGGGGCCAAUGAAGCCGUGACAGAUAGCAACAAGCGCGACUACGUGCGUCUGUACGUGGCGCAUCGCUUCACGCGCGGCGCGGAGCGGCAGUGGCUGGCGCUGCAGCGCGGUCUGGCUGAUAUCAUUCCGCCGCAGCUGUUGCGCCCGCUGUCUCCGCGCGACCUGCAGCCCCUGCUGGCGGGCCGCGCUGACUUGGAUCCGGCCGACUGGCGCCGACAUACGCGUCUCAAGCACGUAACGCAUGACGCGCCCAUAGUCUCCUGGUUCUGGGAAAUAGUCGAGGAAUUCGACGCGGAAAUGCGAGCCAGGUUGUUACAAUUUGUCACAGGAUCCCGCCGCGUCCCGCUGGCCGGGUUCCGAGCCUUGCAAGGUUCGACUGGCGCGGCGGCUCCUCGACUGUUUACUUUACACCUCGUAGCGGACGCAUCUCCCGACUCUCUUCCUAAAGCUCAUACUUGUUUCAAUCGUCUCGAUUUACCUCCUUAUCCUAACAAGGAAAAACUUCACGACAAACUCAAACAAGCGGUGCUCGAAACAGCCGGAUUUGCUGUCGAAUGAUACAAGAUAUUAUUAUUACAUGAGUCUUGCUUAUUAUAAUAUUAUACACAAUGAUAUUUAAGAAUUUAAUUCAAAAUGUGUUCAUUUAAAAUCUGUAGCCUUUCAGAAUGUUAUGUAUUUCGAGAUAUUGUGAUUGUUACUGUGUAAAUAUUGCAAAAGAUUGUGAGUAGGUACUAAAAAAACUAGUCUGGGUGGUUUUGAAACAAAGACAGUUAUAAUGAGACUGACGAAUUUCUGGAUGAGAUGUCAUGACAAAAUUAUAUUUCCAAGGUAAGAGUUUGAGGGCAUUUUUAAAAUUUCUAAUGUAAAUCAUGCCAUGGAUAGGACUCUUAUAAUAAAAUACUAACAUCGUAGGUUAGACCGUUUUUCCUGUUGCUACAGCUAUACUUACCUGAAAAUCGAUCUUAUAAAGGAAUGAAAACCUGAGGUGUCGGAUGCGCGCAAGUGGAAUAAUGCACAUUUACAUUUAUUCGCUUUAUGGCUAGCUAUGAUAACGCUCAAAUAUAUAAUUAUUCUUUUCUUAAUUUAGAUAUUUACUCCAUCAGAAUAUAGUAAUAUGAUCUAUUUAUUUACACUAACUUCCAGCGAAGCUAACAUUUAUUGGGCUUCCGAUUUUAUUUCAAGUUAUUUGAUGUCAAACAAUAGUAAUGUUCCACUGUUAGUUUUCGUAAGUCGAAAUAUAAAUAUAACGGCAUAAUAACAUAAGUUCUAUUUUGCAUGUACAAAAUAGAUGGUAAUGAAUUAGGUAUCUGAAAUAUUUUUGUAGAGUAUAUUUGUAUAUAAUUUAAUUAAAUCAGUACAAAUGAAAAAGUAUGCUAACAUUUUACACAUGUAUUAGCAUUGUUAUUCCUUUGAGUUUUCGAAAUUAUUUUAAGGCGAAUGCUCAUGCUUUGGUGCCUUAUUAUGUUAUUAUAAACAUAAGUAAUGUGUUUUCAAUGUCCAAAUGUAAACAGUUCAUUUUAUUAUUUAUGACAGAUUUUUUUAGUUGACUUAAAUCAUUUUCCGGUUAAUAUGAAAUGUAUAGGAUAAUCAUUUUUAUAAGGCUAAUAACUCGAAAACGUCGUUAUUUCAUUCAUGAUGCAGAAAAAUUUUGUUUCGCACCAUUGUUUUGAAAUACCAAUAUUGAAUGGGUUUCAUGUAUGUCUCUUCUAUUGCAGUUUUCUGCUGAAAAUAGACACUCAAUUCCAUUAAAUUUAUUUAAAAUUGAGGAAACAUUUGCAAUUCUGAUUUAAUGAAUGACUGUUGCAAUAUGCCUAGAUUAAAUAGUGUUUUAAGAAGGAUCAGUGCCUUUACCUGUUAAAUUAAAUGACUCUAAUUAUAAAGCAGCGACUGUCUAGUGAUAUAAAUCUAUUUAUUAGUGGUAAUGAAUAUUUAAAAUUAUAACUAUUACAUUAUUUUUUCAAAAUA